AUGGCAGGAGCUCUCUCCGUGCUUGCCGUAGCAACCGCCGCAUUGACCCGAGAGCGGAGGCGGGCAAGUCGGGUAGCUCGGGCAAAGAGCAUCGUGCGGCGUGGCGUGCGAGUGCUCCUGGCAGUCGAUAUCGGCAGCUCUUCUGUAAGGUGCUCGGCCUACACGGUGGGAUCUCCGCCGGUGCUCGUGCCCGGCUGCGCUGUGCAACUCAAGCAUGCCAUCGUGAAGGAAGACGGCACGGCCAAUGCGGAACAAGUGAUCUCGCUCGUUGAUGACGCGGUGGACAAAUGCUUUGGCGAACUCCGCGCUCGAGAGGUGGCGCACGCCGUGAUAGCCGUCGGCUUCGCGUGUUUCGGCAUGAACCUGGUCGGUGUCAACGCCAGCGGAAAGCCAUGCACCCCGGUCUUCACCUACGCCGGAAGCUCCGGUACUUCUUGUGGUCCAUCCCCGUCUCCACCUCCACCCGCAGGCGGCGGUUCUUCCAAAGACUCCCCCGCCGGUGACUGCUCCGGGGAGGAGGACGUGGUGAGACGGUUGCGGAAGUCCCUCGAAAGAAUGGGGAGAGGGGGGAAGGGCGGCCUGGAGGAGGCACGGCGGCGAACGGGCGCUCGGACGCAUGUUUCCUACGCACCGGCCCAGCUGCUGCGUUGGCUCCAGGAACCGACGACGGCAGGAACGGUGGCGACGCCGACGAGGGAGAGGGUGAAGAAGGGGGACUCGAAUCAGCGGCGGUUGCGGUCGCCGCAGCGGUCAUAUGUGAAGGUUUGGCAGACCCUGCCAAGUCUCAUCGCCGCUAGGUGGUGUUGCUUGAGGAGCGCCCCGGUGAGCUACUCGGAAGCCUCUUGGACGGGUAUGCUGGAUCUACGGAAACUGGAGUGGGACACUCCCACUCUCUCCGUCCUCAGAGAGGCCGGAUUCGACUGUUCGGCGUUGCCGCGGUUGGCGGACAUCGGCGACCUGCAAGCAGGCGCAAGUGGAGCCACUCUGAAGCGAUGGCCGGAGCUUGACGGAGCAUCGAUCCGACUGGGACUCGGGGAUGGCGCGGCGGCCUGCCUGGGCUCGGGGUGUGACGAAACAUCCCGUAAGAUCGCCGUUACGAUCGGCACCAGCGCGGCUGCCAGGGUCGUGCUUCGCAUGGAAGGGAAAGAGCCUGCCCCGGCGGCGGCGAGGGUAGCAGUGGGGGCAUCCACAGUUGGGGUCGACGAAGCGGUUCCGGCAGACGACGCGUUGUGUCACGUUCCGAGGGGGCUCUGGUGCUACCGGGUGGACCGACACAGGGCCGUGCUCGGCGGGGCGUUGACGGACGGCGGCUCGGUGUUCGAGUGGCUCCGCAGCACGCUGGCGUUGGCCCCCGGGGAAGACAUGGCGGGGGUGAUGGAGGAAGCGGAGCGCAUGCCCCCGGCCAGCCACGGCUUGACGGUCCUGCCCUUCUUUUCCGGAGAGCGCUCACCAGGAUACAACGACGACGCAACGGCGUGCAUCUUCGGGCUCCGGCGGUCCACCACACGCCCGCAACUCGUACGUGCGGGGCUCGAGUCGGUCUGCUUGAGGCUGGCCGCGAUCGUAGACCUCAUGAAAGACCUCACGGACGGCGGCAGCAUGAAAGGCUCGAGCUCAAGCGAGCACGAACCCGAGGCCUCUUCCGCCGGCGCGUUGGUUCGGGACCACGAAGACGCCGAGGUCGUGACAAGCGGCAACGCUUUCGCGGCCUCGCCGUUCUGGCGGAAGAUGCUCGCGGAUUCCCUGGGCAGGACGGUCCGGGCGUCCGGCGCGACGGAGGAAACGUCGCUGGGUGUCGCCGUCAUCCUCUCCUCCCUGGAGAGCGAAGCCCUGCGGCAGGCGUCGGCGGUGCCUGGCUCGCUGCUGGAAGCAGGGCCCGCAGCGGCGGGGGAGGCAUGGAGCUCGAGCCAAGAGAUGCGCACUGCGCCGGCCCUAACAGCCGUGCACACGCCGGAUGAUGCAUCGUUCCGGGCGUAUCGGGAAGCCGGGCUAGCGCAACACCGGGCGUACCGGGCUGUUUUUGGCGACGCCAGCGGGAGACCCGCACCUCCCCGUCAAGCCCACAGGGACAAAAAGUGA